GAAUGUCAUUAUCCGGCCAAGGCAUAAGAAGAAUCGUAAGUUUUGUACGACUCAGAAGUGGGACUGCAGGUCUUCGGUUGGUGAGAAUCAUAAGAAUCUUUCUUCGCGGCGACUCUCCAAGUGCAUGAUAAAUGCGGGACUACAUUCAACAAAACGACACUGAAAAUGGAAACAUCACCAAGAUAGGGUGACACUUCCCGAUCAGAGCUCUUUCAGCCUAGAGCUAGCCUUUCCUUUUAGGCAAUGACAGGAAUUUACUGCCGAAGUUUGUACGCCUUCAGCGGGAAACAUGGCCAAGCGCUCAAAUUCGAGGUGGGAGAAAUAAUCGAGCUCCUGCGACCACUGGACGGCGGGUGGUGGGAAGGAGAGAUAGAUGGAGUCAGAGGAUGGUUCCCUGCGAAUUAUGUGAAGGUUCUGGAGUCUGUGGCCGCCACUCCGAGUCCACUAGAGACAGACAACCGGACUCUUCCCAAGGGCUGGAAGUGCUACCUGUCACCUGACGGACGCGAGUACUUUGUCAACUCCACCACAAAAGAGACCACAUGGAAGCAGCCUUCCUCCUCCUCCCCUUCCCCCUCUUCCUCUUCCUCAGCUGGAUCUCCCAAGAGCCUCCUGCCCAGAGCCACGUCUUCAAACUGCUCCUCCUCAGUAAACGGAUGCCAGACCAGCAGAAGUCCUGCGUUGCUGUUGGAGCCGCCCGAUUUGGCUCUCCAGAAAGCCAGCGUGGACAAAGAGAGCCCCGGCUCCACCUCCCCCGCCAGGAGGCACAACAAGGAGAGGGAGAUCAAGGAGACCAAGACAACCAUCAACGGCGUCACGUUCCCGCUGCCUAUGAGCAUGCCUGAGCAGCAGCUACUGAAGCCCAAUGAGUGGAGUUACUGCGACUAUUUUUGGACGGAUAAGAAGGACCCACAGGGAGGUGCAUGUGUGCCUGGCUUUGAGGUGCUCCUGCAGAAGCAGAUCAAGGGCAAGCAGCUGCAGAAGGAGAUGGCAGAGUUCAUCCACGAGAGGAUAAAGAUUGAGGAAGAGUAUGCCAAGAACCUCGCCAAGCUCUCCCAGAGUCCCCUAGCAGCCCAGGAGGAAGGGACCCUGGGUGAAGCGUGGGCUCAGCUCAAGAAGAGUCUGUCUGAUGAAGCUGAUGUCCAUCUCAAGUUCUCCUCCAAGCUCCAGAGUGAAGUGGAGAAGCCCUUGCUGAUCUUCCGCGGGGACAAUUUCAAGAAGGACAUGAAGAAGUACGAGCACAACAUCGCCGACCUCAGGAAGCAGCUCCUCAGUCGCUACGCCGGCGUGGAGAAGGCCCGUAAAGCACUGGCUGACCGGCAGAAGGACCUGGAGGUGAAGACCCAGCAGCUGGAGAUCAAGCUGAGUAACAAGACCGAGGAGGACAUCAAAAAGGCCCGCCGCAAGUCCACGCAAGCAGGAGAUGACCUCAUGCGCUGCGUUGACCUCUACAACCAGUCCCAGUCGAAGUGGUUUGAGGAGAUGGUCACCUCAAGUUUGGAGCUGGAGCGUCUGGAGGUGGAGCGGGUGGAGAUGAUCCAGCAGCACCUGCGCCAGUACACCACGCUGAGGCACGAGACGGACAUGUUCAAACAGAGCACUCUGGAGCCGGUUGACCAGCUCCUGCGGAGUGUGGACCCAGCCAGAGACAGAGAGCUGUGGGUGCAGGAGCACAAGACAGGCGAUGUGAGGCCCGUGGACAUGGACAUUUAG